UGGAUCCAGCUAUAAGUAAUCUUGUCAAUAAUAUUGUCAUAUAUUAUAACAUAGAGUAACAAAGGUGUGAUUGUGGCAAACGAAAUUUGCCGCUUGCUGUGUCCAGUCCAGUUCGGUUCGGUGAAAAUACUCGUGCAAGUAUGUGUUUGAAAAAUUCUUCGGUACAAGCAAAAUGGAUGGGAAGAUAUUGACGGGCCAGAGCAGAAAACACGCCUUGCAAUUCAUCGAAAUUCACCAAACACCGACAAUUGUUACAUUAGUGUUAUUGUUGAUGUUGCUAUUGUUGCAACUGGACUUGCCAGAGAGGAGCCUGUCAGUGUUCAGUGAUUGAUCCUGCAACGAGAAAGACUGAUAUUAUUUAAGCAAAACUCGUAGCCAAAAUGAUGUCUAAGAAGCAGUGGUUUGUGCUCCUGUGCCUCUACAUAAUCUAUUUACUGCUGGGCGCUUCCUUCUAUUACCAAAUUGAGAGCAGGGCAGAACGAGAACGAAAAUCAGUGGAGAGAAUCGAACGCAAGGAAAUCGAAGAUUUGCUGAAGAUUCAUUAUAUACCAAGCAUAAAUUCGUCGCAAGAAGAGAUUUUCGAGAAGUUGACAGCGUAUUGCGGGAAACCCAUGCACAGCAGCAUGUCGAAACAUGAGGAUCCUCUGAUUUGGGACUUCUACCAUUCUCUGUUCUUUGUAAUUACAGUAGUCAGUACUAUAGGUUACGGAAACUUGGCUCCGACGACGAUGUUGGGCAGAAUAGUUAUGAUUUUUUAUGGACUCGUCGGCAUACCUAUCAAUGGUAUCGUGAUGGUCACGUUGGGUGACUUCUUUGGGAAGAAGUUUACGAAGUUGUAUAAUCGAUGGAAGACGGACAAAAUGCAUCAUGAUAAUGCGAGGCUUGGUCUCAUAUUUCAAAUAAUUCUCUAUCUGGUACCUGCCUUUACCUUGCUUAUAUUCAUACCGUCUGUGGUUAUUAUGAUUUUUGAAGGUUGGGAUUACGAUGUUGCAGUUUACUAUGCUUUCGUAACAUUAACUACGAUAGGUUUCGGCGACUAUGUUGCAGCUGUUGCCGACAAUGGUUUUGGUAAAUCAUUUAUAUUUUACGAAAUCUUUCUCUUGGUUUGGAUCAUAAUCGGUCUGGGCUACGUGUUAAUGGUGCUGGGAUUCAUCUCGAGAGGUCUGCGCAGCAAGAAGAUGCAUGCCAUCGAACAAAUGUUAGCUCACAACAUCAAACGGACUCCCGAUAAAUUCAGAGCCUUAAGAUCAUUGCUGCACGAGAUUCUGGUUAUGAGAGUCAAACCGGUCUACAAGAAGAAACAAUCUAUAUUUGAAGCUCCGAGCGUCGGCUACAGGAGUCAAUCUUGUCCAGAUCUAAGCAUGUACUUCAAGAAAGACUCACCAACAAUGGUCAGAAAGCGAGCUGUAUCGGAAUGCGUGGAUCAAGAAGGAUUGCCACGCGUCCAAUCUGACACUGACCUCCAUUUGAUUGACAAAGAAUUGACCUUUGGUUCUGAUAAAAAGAAGCAGCAAACCGAAUUAUUAUUGCGAGUUUCCAAUGUCUUGGGUCAAACUAUCGAAGAGGAUGUAUGCUGUACGGGUUACAACGGUUUAAGCGAUAGUCAGAUCUUGGAAUCGGAAUGGACAAUCAACAGUCAGAAAAGCGAAACGAAUUCCCAAAUACCAAUAAGUUGGAGGCCAAGAGCGUGCAGUGAAGUUAAGUUUCCAUUUGAAACGCAAUAUCCUCAGUCGAAUGAAAACACUUGGUACGGUCAGACUGCUUCUCUGAAACUCCAAGAAAUGCGUGAAACUAUGAAACAUGGCAGAGCUAGAAGCAGGACACUUCCAGUGCAACAAGAACCUUUGAUUAAACUUCCACCAACGAGAUUCUUUGAUAAAUUACGUAAAACAUUCCGUCGUAAGAACAAGAACAAAGACAUCGAGAAACAAGAUAUAUGCACUUCUCCACCACCGCAACGCAGCAGAGCUUUCAGUGAUGUUCACAACUAUUUGGCAGAUACCCGAAAUGGUAGGCCGUCGGUGCUUUCUAUACAAGAGCAAGAAGAUAUUCAAACAAUUGCUGAACUCUUGGUUGCUUUAACCAACGUACCGGAAAAUAAACCUAAAAGGAAACUGGGUACAGCGUCUUUGACGCCUCCACAAGCUUCAUCCCCACAGGGCUCGAGAAAAAUGGAGGGUUCUCCUCCGAAACGAAGAAGAUCUGCAAUCAGACCGGCUUUCCAAUCAAGACGGUCCUCGAUGAUACCCACAACUCCAACCAUCAUACAGCCUCGAAGACUAUCACUCAGACCUGUCGCUUUCGAUGAGAAUAAGCUAUCUCCGCCUCCUCCGUAUAGUCCUAUGCAAGCUGCCAGACCUCGAAGAUUUUCUCUGAGACCUGUUCCAAAUACAAGUGCAACUCCAAGCCCUGUGCAAAGGCAACGCUUACGAAAAGCUUCCAAAGAUCAAACAAACGCAUGGUUUCCUUAGCUUCAAUUAAAACAGUUGGAAAUACUUUAAGGUUCCUGUUGAAAAAAAAACAACAUUUAUUUUGAAUUGAAUUGAUAUUAGCGAACAUUUCGCCCAUCGGAAUUACUGAUUGCGCCAAAGUUUUCAACUUACGUGCCAAUAGCCAGUGAUAUAGAUAAUAGUAAUUUAUUUUUUAUAUAGCAUUUAUUAGUCACUUAAGCAUGACAUUUCUGUUGUAUAUCCUACUUUAAGGCUCUAUCAAAAUAAUUGUACAGUAGUUAUAAGAAAACAGUUCAACUGUUGUACCAAGAAA